GUUCUCAAUGCCAAGAUCAGCUGCCCUCAUCGUUCUCUCUCUCCAUUUCUUCUCUCCUCCAGAAGAAGAAAAUGGAACUCAACAAAUCCAUCCUCCUCCUCCUCGUUCCCUCCCUUCUCUCAUUCUUUUCUGAGGUCAUUUGCGACCCUUGCAAUGCCGGCAAUAGUGCUAGUCCUGAUUGCCUAGGACCGGCCUUGUCUUUCGCAUCUUCAGAACCUAUUGAAUCCCCAUUGCAAUCGCCAGUUUCUUCAACAGAGACAGAAUCCUCCCCAUUGCCGUCUCCGGUUUCUUCCCCAUUGCCAUCGCCAGUUUCUUCAACAGAGACAGAAUCCUCCCCAUUGCCGUCUCCGGUUUCUUCCCCACUGCCAUCGCCAGCUUCUUCAACAGAGACAGAAUCCUCCCCAUUGCCGUCUCCGGUUUCUUCCCCAUUGCCAUCGCCAGUUUCUUCAACAGAGACAGAAUCCUCCCCAUUGCCGUCUCCGGUUUCUUCCCCACUGCCAUCGCCAGCUUCUUCAACAGAGACAGAAUCCUCCCCAUUGCCGUCUCCGGUUUCUUCCCCACUGCCACUUUCCUCCUCAUCGCCAUCUCCAGCUUCUUCAACAGAGACAGAAUCCUCCCCAUCACCGCCUGAUUCUCCAACAAAUGCACAACCCUUAUUGCCAUAUUCACCUUCCGUUCACAAUGCUGUUUUGAAGAAAAUAUGCGGUGCGACUAGAUUCCAGGCAGAGUGUCUUGCCACCAUUGCUCCUUAUCAAACUGGCGCAGCCGAUCCCAUUUCAGUAAUUGAAAUGGGGAUACAAGCUCUCCACAAAGAUUUUGAGGAAGCCAUAGCCACGGUCACGAAACUAAGCAAGGAUACCUCUUUAUCAGCCACGAUGAGGGACUCUCUUGACAUAUGCGUAGAGUCUUAUGAAGCUGGAAUCACUGACCUCAAUGAUGCUUUGACUGCAAUUUCCACUCACGACACGGACAGACUGACUCAAAUGCUUGGUGCCAUAGCUUCAUAUCCUGAAACGUGUCAGGACGCCUUUCUUGAGCAAGGUGAAGAAUCGCCAUUGAAGGACGUUGAUCAGAAAUUGGAUAUGCUGGCUAGCAUCACCGUGGACAUAACUAUAUUGCUCCCAGGAGUCAAAAUAAUAGAGUAAUCCCAUGUUAUGGCAAGGAGUCCUGUCAUGCAUGUUUUGCACAGAGGAAUCGCUAGGAAGCAUUAACAUUUGGACGUUUUACCAGUGUUUCAGAAUGUCAUCUUUGAUUGAAAACUUAUAAUCCAUUGCCCUCUCUGAUCUA